AUGGCAUCAUCAGCUGCUAACAAUGACAAGCUAUCAAAGAAGCAGCAGGCUUACUACGACCCCGUCUUGGCUUUGCUCAUAGAUGAUGAAGAAUCUGAAAACGAAGACAGGAAUGAUGGCUUUGCUGACGAAGGAGACAACAUUGAUGUACCCUCUCCUCCUGCCGACGCUGAUGGCAGUACCACUGCUGUCCAAGAUCAUGUUGACAAGGAGGACAAAGAAUUGGCCGUAGCGAAGAUGGAAUGUUCAUUGGGCUCGAAGAAGGAUACUCCAGGUGCUGAAGGCACGGCAAUGUCUGCCACAACUGCAGGGAACAAACAAGCAGAUGCCGCCGCUAUCGCAAAGAUUCGAGCCAUCACGGAGGCUCAGGAUGACGCCUUUGCCCGAAAGUGUCGGCAAAUCCCAGGCAACAACGCCAAUCCAAAUCCUACCACCAAUAACCAAAGCACUAAUAACACCUAUGUAUCAAUAAUGCCAGGAGCCAUUGCCGUCGAUGGGAUAAAUGCUUCCGCUGCAAGAAGAAGAGAAAGAGAUCAAGACAUAACCCAAGAUUCUACUACGUUAACCGCACAAGAGAGUCAGGAGGAGGGGCGGAGCAGCGAAUUACGGGCGGCACUGAACCCUCGUCCAAGUGCUAGAAUUUCAGCCUCUGCAGCUCUACAUGCAAGCUUAGUGUACUCCAAUGAAUACUACAACAAUGAAGAAGAUGGCAUACCUGAUCUGGAAGACCUCGAAGAGGCUCUAGAUGUGGUCCGUAUGUCCCAUCCUAAUGGCAGGAAGAAUGGCAAUGAUUCUGUCACAACCAACAGGUGGCUUCUUCUCGGAUUGACUAUUCUGGUGUUUGCAGCGAUCAUGGCAGUUGUGCUGGGGUUGAUACUCGGUAAUAACAGCACUGAUACCACUCCAACAGAGACACAAACCCGGGCUCCGACGGCAAAUGACAUCAGUGCACAGGCUAUCAUAGUAUACCCUCCAUAUGAUGAAACAUUACCGGUAGCAACUCUCAAAGCCAUCCAAGAUCCAUCAAGUCCAUUGUAUCAUGGGAAUGCAUGGAUGAUGAAUGAUCCAAACUUGGAUAGCUAUCCUCUUUGGCGCAAACAUCAACGAUUCAGUAUGGUCACACAAUACUAUGGUGCCGCUGGAGACGACUGGUUCCGAAAGGAUGACUGGCUUUCGUAUGAUGUUUCCGAGUGUGCUUGGUACACAUCCAAGAACCCAAAUAAUCCAUGGACAUGUGAUGAGGAAGGUCACUUUGUGACUCUUGAUUUGCACUCGAACAAUUUGGAAGGAAUUCUCCCACCAGGACUACUUUUUGAAUGGUUGGAAUAUAUUGACAUGUCCAACAACCAACUACACGGAACACUUCCUGCCAUGUUUGACUUUUCACCUGUGCAAGUGUUGAUGGUACACAACAACAGCUUCCGUGGACCACUCAUUGGAAACUUGAACCAUGUGCCGGAGACACUUCGCAUACUCCGGCUUGACGGCAAUCAACUGGAAAGCCAAUUUCUUGGAUACAUGUCAGCAGUGGCACCAAACAUUGAGGUUCUGAACAUUAGCUCCAAUCGAUUUGGAGGAUCGAUGGCACAGUGGAAAUCCAUUUCCAACCUCAGGUACCUGGGAUUGGCAGACAAUGACUAUGUUGGCGCCUUGCCCACUGAGCUUGGGCUUGUGACAACGCUGCAAGAGAUUGAUCUAUCGGGCAAUGCCCAAGUUACUGGCAGUGUUCCUUCAGAGCUAGGCCAACUGGAUCGUCUCCAAAUGCUGGAUAUAUCGGGGACUGCCUUGACUGGGGCUAUUCCCAAGGCCCUUUGCUUUGAUUUUCUCACCAUUCGAGCCAAUUGCAGUCUCCUGCAGUGUUGUCAGAGGUGA